AAAUUACCUUUCUCAAUUCGCUUUCUUGCCUCUUUCUUCUCUCUCUCUCUUCCAGUCGCUUACACUUCGCUCUGAUUGUAAUAGCCCUAUGCUUGAUCCAGUGAUUUGAUAUUGUUGAUUGGGAAUUCUGGGUAUUCUUUAGAUUUGUAUUUUUGUCUUUCUAUUCUACUAGCAUCGUGUUUUUCUGUUCUUUUCCUUCUUUUUACUCUAUGAUUGUGGACAUACUGGCCUUUCCCCCUUUCUUAAACUGGGUUUCCAUUGUUUUUUUAAAUGGAGGGUGAGGAGAAGGAUCAUGCUCGUGGUGCUUAAACGAAUUAUAUUGAUAAGAUUUUUAUGGGCCAAGCUCCUGGGUGCGAAAGAAAAAUUUGGGCGAGAGAUCCGAGUGUUUGAAACAUUGCCACCGUCUUCAUCAAGUGAUGAAUUGCCCAACACUGGAGGAGAGACAGAUGACUUUUAUGAGUUUACAGCAGAAGACUACUACCGAGUAUUAGCAAGCCGAAAGGAUGAGAAAUAUUUAAAAACACGGAAAAUCAGAGAGGCAGAAGAGGCAGCUCGCAAGUCAAGGAUAACAAAGGUUAGUGUUCGGGUUCGCUUUCCUGACAAUCACACAUUAGAGGCAACUUUCCAUCCAUCCGAAACAAUGCAGGCCUUGGUUGAUCUUCUUACCAAAGUAGUUGCUCAGCCAGAACUACCAUUUUAUAUUUAUACCGCGCCUCCCAAGAAACAGAUAAAAGAUUUGACACAGGAUUUUUAUUCUGCUGGCUUUGUUCCUGGUGCAAUUGUUUACUUUUCGUACGAUCAACCUGAAGGCGAGGCAGUUGGUUCAGUGGCUUACCUUAAUGAGGAGGCCAUGUCUUUGAAAGGUAUCGAAAUCGCGAGCGAAGAAGACGAGCCUGUAUUGGCUGUUGCGGAGCCUGAAACAGCACCCCCUCCCCCUGUUUCUGACCCUGUUGUCAAGGAAACCAAGCCUACUAAUAAGAAAGCUGUCAAACCCAAGUGGCUGAAAAUGUAAAGACUGCUGCUGCUGCUGCGUGGUGAAAACUGCUCAUGAGUAAACUAGAUUUUGUGUUCGUUGUGUUUGAACUUGUUAGUACCCUCUUAUUUUUAUGUUUAAUGGUGAUCAUAGAUUCUCUUCAACCUUCAUUUUCUUUUUUUUUUUUCUUGGUUCUAUGCUUUUAUGUUGCAAAUGUUUCAUAUAGACAAACAAAUAUUUUAAAUCUUACGAGAUAUUUGUGUGGAUCAA